AUGCAGAUUUUUGCUCUGCCAGCUAACGAGUUUUCACAGGCCUACUCGGUCUACGAUGAGGAAAUCGGUUACUGCCAGGGUCAGUCGUUCCUCGCUGCUGUUCUCCUCUUACAUAUGCCCGAGGAGCAGGCCUUUUGUGUUUUGGUAAAAAUCAUGUAUGAAUAUGGCCUGAGAGCUCUCUACAAGAACAACUUUGAAGAUCUUCACUGCAAGUUCUACCAGCUGGAGAGGCUGAUGCAGGAACAACUUCCAGAUCUGUGGUCCCACUUCCAAAACCUGAACCUGGAGGCACACAUGUACGCCUCCCAGUGGUUCCUAACGCUCUUCACCGCCAAAUUCCCCCUGUGCAUGGUGUUUCACAUCACUGACCUGCUGCUCUGCGAGGGACUGAACAUCAUCUUCAACGUAGCCCUCGCCCUGCUCAAGGUUAGUCCUCACUUUCUCUGUACAUCUGUGUUUAAAUCAGUCUCUGCACAUGUAGGAAGCCCAAAGUGCAAAUCAAAGCACAUGCAGGCAGGAUUGCAACAAGAGGCAUUUGUUUACAUCUGUCCCCUCCUAGUGUGUUUUCAGGUCCCGACCAAAAAGCUGAAGAAGUUUGAGAAGGAAUAUCAGACUCUGAGAGAGAGCCAGCUGCAACAAGAAGACCCCAUCGAACGCUACCAGAGAGAGAACCGUCGCCUUCAGGAGGCCAGCAUGCGACUUGAACAGGAGAACGAUGACCUGGCACACGAACUGGUCACCAGUAAAAUCGCCCUGCGGAACGACCUUGACCAGGUAGAAGACAAGGCCGAUGUUCUGAACAAAGAGUUGCUGACCACCAAGCAGCGUCUGGUGGAGACGGAGGAGGAGAAGAAGCGACACGAGGAGGAGACGGCUCAGCUGAAGGAGGUGUUCAGGAGGGAGCUGGAAAAAGCAGAGCUGGAAAUCAAGAAAACCACAGCAAUCAUAGCUGAAUACAAGCAGAUCUGCUCCCAGCUGAGCACCAGGCUAGAAAAACAACAGGCGGCAACAAAAGAGGAGCUGGACAUCGUCAGGGUGAGUCGAUCCUGUUAAUGCAAAGUGUGCUUC